GAUUGCCUGGACAGUAUCAGGAGGUAAAACAGCAGUAGCAGUUUCACGCAGAACAUACAGUGAGUGGUGGAUUUGUAUUGCAUAUAUCCAGCUUGGUCCCUAGAGGGAUAUUAAGGAUAAUCUGGGUUUAUCAUUUCAUUGCUAUGUUCAAAUGAAUGGAUUAUUUCUAGUAUGAGAUGCUGUAAGUUUUGGGUGAUACAAUAACAGCUGUAAAUUGACUGCUUUAAAAAUAGUGCAACAUACUUAUAGUGCCAUAACUUUCACACUAAAUUCUGCAAGAAUUGACAAAUGUAAGUUUGACAGAUGAAACAUCUUGUACAGGCACCCAGAAAUAUUUUCUUUUGGUAUCUAUCCAGGCCAAUGAAUAUGAUUUAUGAAGUUGAGCUUGUGGCGCUCUUUUACUGAUGCAGGUCUUAAACUGCACAAGUAGAGUUACCAAAAGGAACCAAGCAUCACUUGUGACCAAAGUGCUAUCAGCUAUAAAGAAAUAGCUGAUACCUGUUUGCUAUGGGUAAAUACAUUUGGUAAAUUUAGCAUCACGUUAGUAAAUGAGCUAUGCUGUUUCCACUUGUGUUUCCCGCAAUGGUUUCACCACACUGCAACUUUUUUGCAUGGAAAUUCACAUUUAGAAAUAGUUUUGCUAGGCACAAGUGCAGACUGUUAGAUUGGAAUUUUAAGAGUGGACCUAUCUACAAUGCAGUGGAACUUGCACCCUUAACUUUUAUAAAACUGAUGGAUAUAGUUUCACUUUCUGAUAUUUUGUGGAUAGAGGGAGGGAAAACCUUUACUGGGCCCUUUAUAUGCAUUUUUCCAGUUUAUAUACAACUGAUUCUUCAAAAACACUUGCAGAGAAAAAAAAAACUCAACAAAAUGUAUAUGUAUAUCUGAACCAGCUAAAGCUGUAUGAGUAAUAUUGGUAUAAAAUGAUUAUAUACAACUAUUUGUGUAACUGAUAUGUAGGACAGAUACUUUCAUACGUUCAGGGUUCAAACCCCAUUCUGUCACCAUGCUACAGUUUAGUAAAUACCCAAAUCUUAAACCUGCUGCCUUUUGGCUUGGUACUGCCAGCCACAACUGCUUUGAGCAACCCUAGGGUAUAAUGGUAUCAGUUUUCUACCAUCAAUUGCUAUGCAACCCUGCAUGACCUCUGCAAAGGAACAAGUGCACUGCAUAUAGUCACAGGUUACUGCAGCAUACAUGUUGAGUUUAGUUUUUGUAAAGUACACUUUGAUGUUAUUAGGAUUUCAAAAAUGUAAAUAUUUGUAGCAGUAACGCAGCAUGCCAAAGCUGGAAGCUGGAAUUCAUAUAGAGCAGAGAAGCAAAUUACAUUCUUGACCUAGACUCAGGGUGCUUGCCCAAAGCUGGUGCAAACUCUGAUGAGGAACAGGUUAAAUUGUUUCUGAUUUCUUUCUCUAUUUCUCUCCUCCUUCUCCUCUAUUACAAGGAGGGGAAAGGGAGGGGACAGAAGAGUAGCUAAAGAUCAAAAAUAAACCUCUCAGGGGGUGGGGAAAAGCAUGCGUGUAUAUAUAUAUGAGGAGCUGCCACAGGCAACCCUGAUGCUUCCACUUCUGUGAGAAGUAAAAGGAAUCGGGAGAGGGCUGGGUGCUGGACUGAUUAGCAGAUAGACUCUCCCAUACAGGCUGGAUAGUGGGCUUUCUCUAUGGGACAGACCCUCUACAGUGACUCGCAUGCUUAUCACUUUUUGCUCCACUGCUUAUCUCUGGUUGCUGCGUCGCAGUGUGUUGCGAGGGUGCCUUGUGAUUGCUGGAAUGCUCGAUAUUGCUGCCAGUAUUCGAAUGCUGAUGUCUAGAUUUGUAUUUUAUUGACUCUGUGUUUCAUAAUUUAUUACAUUGCAGUUCCAGUGUUACUGGUGCUUCGGAAGGUUCGCUUAGAAUUAUGUAACAGACAUUUUGAGUUAACUUUUAGUUUGUUGUCUGUUAUUAAUAUUCUACCCGUGAAAUAAUGCAUGUACUUUCUGCAAAACAGCACAAGUUCAGCUGAUCACGUCCACUCUAUAAACUUGUUUCAUUUAAUAUUUGCUUUAGUUUAUUACAAGCAUAUUUCUAGUGGUUUGUGUCAGUUAUUAAUUAAUCAAUUUAAGAGGUUAUCAGAAUUUGAAUUUUGCUUGCAUUUAGAGGUGAAUGCUAAAAUCCUUUGCAAUGGGUUGCAUUUACUAUCUAUACUUUGCCUUUUUGCUUCUGGUUUGUUCCAAUGCUGCUAGUGUGAUGCCAGAAGCAGAAGUGACAGUGCCAGAACUUUUUGCAGGAUCUGAUGGGAAAAUGACCUUGCGAUUUACUGCACUAGGCAGAGAUAUAGAGCUCCAUCUUGUUCCUGAUGAUGCUUUUCUUGGACCAAGGAUGCAGAUCAAACAUGUAGGUAGAGCUGGUGGGACACAGACAAGUAUGGAUGGGUUAAGGACCUGUUUUUAUUCCAGUAUGGAACCACUGGCUGCUGUUAGUCUAUGCAAAGGUGUUCAGGGUGCCUUUAUGCAUGGAAGUGAUAGUUAUGUUAUCCAGCCCAGAAAAGAAUUGAGAGGUCAGAAGAAACUUGGACAACACUUGGUAUUUAAGGCACAGAAUAAGAACAUACCAAGUUGGCAUGACAAAUCUUCUGAACUUACAGAGGACAUAAACAACCAGGAGUGGGAAAAGCAGGACCUAAAACUGAAAGACACUCAAAGAAACAACCCCAUAUUUGGCCAAAAAGAAAGUGUGCUUCUACAGGAUGCAAAAGAAAUUGUGAGUGGCCACAGCUCUAACUUAUGGACCAUCCAUGAGAUAUCAAAGAGUGAUGUAAAAGGAGAGACAGUUCACCCAUUUCGAAACCGAAGAUUUGUGUCUGAAGAUCGAUUUAUAGAGAUUUUGCUGGUGGCAGACAAUACAAUGGUUCAGUUCUAUGGAGAUGAUUUAGAGCUUCAUCUUCUGACACUGAUGUCAGUGGCAGCUCGGAUCUACAAGCACCCAAGCUUGAGAAACUCUGUGACUCUUGUAGUGGUGACAGUACUGCUUGUUGAAGAUGUUGAAUCUGGCCCAGACGUCUCAGAUAAUGGAGGACUGACACUUCGUAGUUUUUGUAACUGGCAACAGAAUUUCAAUCCAUCAAGUGAUCGCAAUCCUGAACACUAUGAUACUGCCUUCCUUCUUACUCGUCAGGAUAUUUGUGGGCAUGAGAGCUGUGACACACUAGGAGUGGCUGACAUUGGCACAGUGUGUGACACGAGCAAGAGUUGCUCUGUGAUUGAAGAUAAUGGACUGCAGGCUGCUUAUACCCUUGCCCAUGAACUUGGUCAUGUCCUUAGCAUACCCCACGACAACUCCAAAAACUGUGAGAGGUAUUUUGGAGAGCUUGGAAGGCACCACUUGAUGGCUUCACUUUUACAGCUUAAUAAGACUGUACCAUGGUCCGAAUGCAGUGCUAUGCACCUUACUGAGUUUUUUGACAGUGGACAUGGAGAUUGCCUGUUGGAUGCACCAUCCAAAUCAAUAGAGCUUCCUAAUGGACUUCCUGGAACAUCAGCUCUUUAUGACUUGGACAGCCAGUGUCGUCAAGUAUUUGGAAAAGAAUUUUCUCACUGCCCCAACACAUUAGAGAAAGAUGUUUGUUCUCAACUCUGGUGUCGAAUUCAGGAAAAAAAUGAGUGUCAUACUAAAAAUGGAAGCUUGCCUUGGGCAGAUGGAACUCCCUGUGGUGAUAAUCAUAUGUGCUCGGAUGGGGUUUGUGUUAAAGAAGACAUUGUUGUGAGACCAAAGGUACCAGUGGAUGGCAGUUGGGGUAGUUGGGGUCCCUGGGGAGAAUGCUCACGGACCUGUGGAGGGGGUGUGCGUUUUUCCUACAGGGACUGCAAUGAUCCAGUGCCACAAAAUGGAGGAAAGUACUGCAAGGGCCAAAGAGCCAUGUAUGAAUCAUGCAACAUACAAGAGUGUCCUGUACAUGAGCUGAGCUUCAGAGAAGAGCAGUGUAUGAAAUACAAUAGCUAUAACUAUACAGAUGAAGAAGGAACCCUUCUGCAAUGGAUUCCUAAGUACUCAGGUGUAUCAUAUCGGGAUCGUUGUAAACUAGUUUGUCAGGCACGUGACAGGAAUGAAUUCAAAGUAUUUCAGUCUAAGGUUGUUGAUGGAACCCUCUGUGAGCCAGAUAGUUUGAAAGUAUGUGUACAGGGCCAGUGCAUCAGUGCAGGAUGUGACCACAUCUUAGGUUCCUCCAAAAAAAUGGACAAAUGUGGAGUAUGCGGAGGCGAUGGAUCAAGCUGCAGAAAAAUUACUGAUUCAUUCAAUAAGUCAAAGUACGGAUACACUGACAUUGUCAGCAUACCAGCUGGGGCCACUAAUAUUGACAUCAAGAAGCGUAGUCACCGUGGUAUUAUCUAUGAUGGCAACUAUCUAGCAAUCAAGAAAGCAGAUGGUAGUUAUCUGCUAAAUGGGGAUUUUGCUGUGUCAUAUAUGGAACAAGACCUACAUUUACGAGGAAUUGUCUUGAAAUAUAGUGGAUCUCUGACCACACUAGAAAGAAUUAGGAGCUUCUACCCCCUGCCUGAAUCUCUGACAAUCCAACUACUAUCAGUCCUUGCAGAGACCCUACCACCCAAAGUGAAAUACACUUUCUUUAUCCCCAAAAAUGUUUCAUAUGCAAAGACUAAACCUAAAUUAUCUCAUCAUUCACUCAGACCAUUGUUAACAUCCCAGUGGACUUUUCGGGACUGGUUUCCCUGCUCUAAGAGUUGUGGUUUUGGCUGGCAACGACGGGCAGUAGAAUGUCAAGAUGUGGAGGGUGGACCAUCAGACCAGUGUCCACAGGAACUAAGGCCAAUAGAUAUUCGACCGUGUGGGGACUUGCCCUGCCCAAUUUGGAGAGUAGGAGGUUGGUCACCUUGUUCUCAAAGCUGUGGGGAAGGUGUGCGAUCACAAAGGGUCUUUUGUGUAGACUACACAGGCAGAGAAACAGAGGAGGAGAAGUGUGAUCCAGGAAAACGUCCUGCAAAGCCAGUUAACUCCUGUAUAUUGGAGGAAUGUUGAGACUGUCAGUAUGAAGAUAUGUAUGGGAGACAUCAUAAGGGCAGCUACUAAUAUAAGUCCUAUUGAUACUGAUUGGGGAUGACAAAGCACAUGCAGAGAGAUGUAAUGACAGUUAACAGUAUCUUUUAGGACCAAUGACUACAGCAAAAAGAAACACCCACACUGAGCAAAAUAAAAUGAAAACUGGUUUAAUUGAAAAAAAAAUUCAUAUCCCUAAAUUCAGUUUAAGGAUAUAUCAGAGAACUCUCUUGAGAAAAAAUAUGCAUAUUGUGUUGCUGAUUUACAUUAUUACUGCAUGACAUUACUGCACUGGUCUCUUUCAAUCUAGAAAGAUGCAAAAAAGCAUUGCAUACCUUCAAAGUAUCACCAGCUAUGGUGUCACAGCAGCAACUGAAGAGGCUGUGCACAAAGUCACAAAAGCAAGAUGUAGCACUGCUUCAACAACUAACAGCAAACACGUGUUAUGUAACAGAUACUGACUAGGAAUCUACCUCAGUAGGGAAAUACCUAACCUUUUGCAUUAGAAUGUUUGUAAUAACUUUGCAGUAGAGAGGUCCUUUGCUGCAAAACUGGUGUAUGUUGUGUUGUCUAUAAAUAUUUUUGUAUCAGUUUGAGCAA